UUCCAUACCAUUUACACAUGCCUGCCAGAUUCCAGCCUCAAGCACAAGUUCAACGGCCAUUGCAGAAUGAAAUCAGUGCUCUCACUAAACUCAUCAACGGUGAACUUUUAGAGGCGGCUGCCAAAGUCUUGCUACACCAAGUGCAAAUACGCUCAGGGAAUGAGCAAGACCUAGCUCCCGCACCACCACGACACUUGAUGCAAACCUUAGAAGCCCGCUGUGAAGAGUUUGCAACCAUAUGCGAUCAAAUCCAUUAUAUUCUCGAUCAAUCCCGACGAAUACUCAUUCUCGAUCAAAAAGCUCAACAUCAACAACAAAUCCAGCAACAGAAGUUACAACAGAGCAACAAGCUGGCACAACAAGAUCAGAAUGGUGCGGAUGAAUCCAUGGCUGAAGACACUGACAUAUCUGAAGAUCUAUUGGCCACUGGUAUGGACGAAGAUAACGAUCUGCUAGCAACUUCCUCUGCCCCAAUCAAUGAGGAUGUGGAUAUUGAGGAGUUGGUCCAGGUGCAAAGAGAAAGAUUGGAGAGGCUCCGACGCGUCAUUGUUCUUGGCGAAGAUGCAGAUAUAGUCAAACAAGAAGGAGAAGGACGAACAGAGGGAGACGGCGACUAUUUGUUUUAAUCUAAGAGACGAUCAGACUUUUUCGUCACUCAUCAUUCCCGCCUUUUCUGUACACUAGCUGAAAUAUACAAAAACUCUCAUAUCACCAUCACAUUUACCAUCGGAACAUUAACG